AUGGGAGAGAAAAAGAUGACCAAGAAAGAGAUUGAGGCCAACCUCAAGAAGGCUAUGAAUGAUGCUGACUUCCAGACAGAAAAAUCUGCUGAAUAUCAGUGGCUUCAGUCAGUUUAUGACAAGAAGAGACUCACUCUUCCGUAUAUCAAGAAGGUUUGCGAAGAGCUUUCCAAAGCUAUUGGCAAGGAAUAUGGCAGCGAGUGCCAUAACUGCAGAAGAAGAUCAAGCUUCUGGAUCCAUACACAUCUCAACGAGAUCCGUGACUACUUAACAAAGAACGAAACAGAGAUCGAGUCACCAGAUGGUGGCAAGGUCAAAUUAACCCCACCAUCUGCUUAA